UCUGAAUAAAGCACUAUUGAAACUGGAUGCUUCAAAACAGCCAGGGAGAAAAAGGCUGAGGGGCAUUGUUCUUACCCUGUCCUUCAUUUUGCCACGUUUUCUUCUCUUAUCAAGAGGAAAAUGAGGAAAUGAAUUCCUAAAGUCUGGGUAGAGAAGAGUUAACACCUCAGGAUCUUGAUAGGACCUGUGAUACCACCAGGCCUCUUUCAUGAUAUUGGCCAUUGGGGCCCUUUUUCUUUCCCAUCUCAGGAACCCAAGCAUGACCAGGAAGCUCUUCACAAAUACCAGGGAGCGGUGGAGGCAGCAGAAUGUCAACAGUGCUUUUGCCAAGCUGAGGAAGCUUAUCCCCACUCACCCUCCAGAUAAAAAGCUGAGCAAAAAUGAAACUCUUCGUCUGGCCAUGAAGUAUAUCAACUUCUUGGUCAAGGUCUUAGGGGAGCAAGGCCUGCAGCAAACAGGAGUGGCUGCUCAGGGAAACAUUCUGGGGCUCUUCCCCCAAGGACCCCACCUGCUGGGCCUGGAGGACAGGACUCUACUUGAUGACUGCCAGGUUCCUUCAACUGGCCCAAGCCACCAGAUGCCAUAGUGUGGCUCAGGCUGUCAUCUCUCUGAGUAGCACUUGUUCAGAAGUCACUGGCUGUUGACAGCCUUUUGCUUGUUCCAGAGUCAAGUUGAUGAAUAAUUUGUCAGGCAUGAGUUUACACUUCAUAGGAAGUGGCUCAGGGACAGCUUGCAGGGAGCCUCA